AAGCUGCUGCUCCCGCCACCGCUAUCGCCACCGCCCUUCCAGCUCCCAGGGAUAAGGACCUAAAUCUUCUCCAUUCUCUCAGCCCCCUGCCUGCCUUCCUCCAGAAUGUGCCGGACGCUGGCUACUCUCUCCACCAACUGCCUGGAACGAGCCAAGGAGUUCAAGACCCGCUUAGGAAUCCUCCUUCACAAACCGGAGUUGGGAACCGAGCCUGGGAAUGUCAGCAAGGUCGACUUGGGCAGUAAAUGCAGCAAGCAGAGAUACUCCUCAGAAGAUGUGCUGAGCUGGAGGGAAUCCUUUGACCUUCUUCUGAGCAGUAAAAAUGGGGUGGUGGCGUUCCGUGCCUUCCUGAAGACAGAGUUCAGUGAGGAAAACCUGGAGUUCUGGCUGGCAUGUGAGGAGUUCAAGAAGACCCGCUCGAAUACUAAGAUGGUCUCCAAGGCCCACAGGAUCUUUGAGGAGUUCGUACGCAGUGAAGCACCCAAAGAGGUCAACAUCGACCACGAGACCAGAGAGCUCACCUCCAGGAACCUGCAGGCCGCCACCACCUCGUGCUUUGAGGUGGCUCAGGGAAGAGUCCGCACCCUGAUGGAGAAAGACUCGUACCCUCGCUUCCUGAGGUCGGCUGCAUACCGGGACCUGGCUGAGCAGAGCUCCGCCUCCUUCUCCUCCUCUCCUCCCAGCCGGCCCACCAGCAAACAGACCCACACCUGAGCCCAUCCCGCACCCCAGCAGCCAGGAGAACUGGGAAGGAAGAAGGGUCACAUCAGGAGGCCACAGCUUCAAGGGGGAAGCAGAGGCCUGAGAGGAGUGUGAAUGGAACAACAGCUCAGGCUGCUGGCUUUGGCCUAAGGGCCUGGCCUAUUACCCACUAACUACGGCUAUUGUGUGACCAACAGCAUGCAACGGGGAGCCCUCCCGUGCCACUUGCCAGUCAGAGAGGCUCCAGGGAAAGGAACGGAUGGGUUAGGUUCUCAGUUUCUCAUUCUCACUGGCUCCUGUAAUUUGCCCAGGCAAACGUGCCCCACCUGAGGCUUGGGAGCCGUUAAACCCAUACUUACUGCAUCUCGUGUGUCUCCGUGCUCCUCGUCACCAGGAGGAGGGAGCUAGAUUAGGCAGAUGUCCUUGCCCAGGGUGAGAAUUUGGGCCCUGGCUGAACAGACUUCUCCCAUGUUUUUUCCCUCCUACUUUGGGACCAUAUCUGACCUGAUUAGCUUGUAUCUACCCCAGCGCUUAGUACACAUGGUAAGCGCUUCACAAAUACCACCGACAGCCUCUGUAGGCAGCCAGAGGGCUCUCUUCUUCCCAAAAGACUUGCUCAGCAUUGUCAUAAAUUCCCUAGGGGUAGGGGGAGUGGUGAUGGAGAAAAAGAACACAUCACCAAACUGCAGAGAGGGAAAGCAGCUAUUUUUUCUGGAGCGUGACCUGGUGCUCAAAACCUUCUCGGGGAGCCUACAUGAAGCCACCACUCCAUUUCCACCCGUGGUGCAGAGUUCUCAAACUCCCCUCCCCGAACACGACAGGGGAGCUUCUGUGAUGUUCUUAACAGAGCCCUCACACCAGGAAAACUGGUAGGAAGGUCAGAGCUGGUGAACUAACCGGCUUCUCCUUGGCUCAGCUUUGAACAAAACAGUUCCUUCCCAAGACUUCCAAUGCAGAAUGCAGUAAUUCCCAGGAACCCAAGCUGGGACGGAGCCAGAGAGACAGGCCCAAAACCCUUACACAUGCAGUGAUUGUGACACAAAUUAAUCAAGCCUCUCUUAGCACUGUGAGCGAUCAGAUGAAAGACACUGAAUGACGUACAUAGUGUUCUCACUUUGAUCAUUAUUAUUAUUAUUAUUAUUAUUAUUUAUUGUUAUUUUUAUUAUAUUGUUAUUAUUGUUAUUUAUUAUUGUCACUCCAGUUUGCCCGUUCUGGAGUGCUUUAGCAAGGAGCAGGCUGUUUCUCCUCCGGCCACCCAACUCUACCUCUGAGUCUGUUGGGAGUCCUUUGGCCCUGUCAGGGUCUCCUCCUCACAGCUGGAAUAUUUAUUUUUUUGAAAACUGGAGCCGGUUUCCUGGAUUGAAUGAUGUACCCAAUCCCCCCUUUCCUGUCCAACAUGUUAAAUCGUUACCAAAUAAAAGGGACACAAAAGCAA